AUGUGCGCCGCGCUGACCAAGAAGAUCCUGUUCGUGCUGGGCGGCCCUGGCGCCGGCAAGGGCACGCAGUGCGCCAAGCUGGUGGAGAAGUUCGGCUUCGUCCACCUGUCGGCCGGCGACCUGCUACGCGAGGAGCGCCAGUCGGGCUCGGAGAACGGCGAGCUAAUCGACCGCAUGAUCAAGGAGGGCCAGAUCGUGCCCGUCAAGAUCACGCUGAACCUGCUGCAGCAGGCCAUGGUCAAGAGCGGCCGCGACCUGUUCCUCAUCGACGGGUUCCCGCGCAACUUCGACAACCUGCAGGGCUGGCAGGAGGAGAUGCCCGAGGCCGAGUUCCAGGUGCAGGGCGUGCUCUUCUACGACUGCCCCGAGAGCGUCAUGGAGGAGCGCCUGCUCGAGCGCGGCAAGACCAGCGGCCGCACGGACGACAACGCCGAGGCCAUCCGCAAGCGCUUCCGCACGUACCUCGACUCCACCAUGCCCGUCAUCAUGUACUACGAGAAGCAGGACAAGGUCUUCAAGGUGGACGCCACCCCCGGCCCCGACGAGGUCUUCGAGGCCACCAGCGCGCUCAUCGGACCCCUCGUCGCGGACAAGUAA